UGGGCAAAUCCACCAGGAUGAAGUGGCGACCCACUUGGAUAUUACUGAUUCUUUUGCUGUCCAUUCACUACGCGACGCCUCAAGAUGACGUGCCUCCCUACUUCAAGACAGAGCCGGUGCGUAGUCAGCUUCACUAUGAGAGGAACAGGCUGGUCCUGACCUGCAUGGCAGAGGGCAGUUGGCCAUUGGAGUUCAAAUGGCUACACAACAUGACGGAGAUCACUAAAUAUUCCCUGGAGUACAGGUAUCUGAUCCCAUCUCUGGAUCGUUCUCAUGCCGGGUUCUACCGCUGCAUCGUACGGAACCGAGUGGGAGCUCUACUGCAGAGGAGAACAGAGGUCCAAGUGGCAUUCAUGGGCAGUUUUGAGGAGGGUGAGCGUUCCCAGGCGGUGUCCCAGGGCGAGGGGGCCGUGAUCCCAGCUCCGCACAUCCGGAGCUUUCCACAGCCACAGGUCACCUGGUUCAGAGACGGACGCAAGAUACCACCCAGCAGCCGCAUUGCCAUUACGCUGGACAACACGCUGGUCAUCUUGUCCACUGUGGCCCCUGACGCUGGACGCUACUACGCGCAGGCCGUAAACGACAAGAACGGAGAGAACAAGACAAGCCAGCCUGUUAUACUCACUGUGGAGAACGUGGGGGGUCCAGCAGACCCCAUCGCCCCCACCAUCGUGAUUCCACCGCGGAACACCAGCGUCAUCUCCGGAAUCACCUCCGAGGUCAUCAUGGAAUGUGUUGCCAAUGCCAGACCUCUGAUCAAGUUGAGCAUCAAUUGGCGUAAGGACGGAGUGCUAGUCAAGAAUGGCCUGAGUGACUUCAACCGGCGACUGACCAUCCUCGCCCCUGUGGUCAGCGACAGCGGCCUGUACGAGUGUGAGGCUGUACUGCGGAGUAGCAGUGUACCGUCUGUUAGCGCUGGAGCCUAUCUGCAUGUACUGGAGCCUCCAGUGUUUGUGAAGGAGCCAGAGAAGCACAUCACUGCAGAGAUGGAGAAGGUUGUAGAUAUCCCCUGCCAAGCACGAGGUGUCCCUGCUCCAGAGAUAGCGUGGUACAAGGAUGCGGUGCCCAUCGGUCCGGUGAAGUACCCGCGCUACCGGGUGUUGGCCGGGGGAAGCCUGCAGGUCAACGGCCUCCUGCCUGAUGACACCGGCAUGUUCCAAUGCUUCGCCCGCAACUCGGCCGGGGAGGUGCAGACCAACACCUACCUAGCUGUCACCAGCAUUGCCCCCAACAUCACGGCCGGUCCGUCUGACAGUACGGUGAUUGACGGCAUGUCCGUCAUUCUGCACUGCGAGACCUCGGGAGCACCACGGCCCGCUAUUACCUGGCAGAAAGGUGAGCGAGUGCUGGCGUCCGGCUCCGUGCAGCUUCCUCGUUUCACCCUGAUGGAGUCCGGCAGCCUGCUCAUAAGCCCCGCCCACAUCUCGGAUGCCGGCACCUACACCUGCAUGGCCAGCAACUCGCGAGGCAUCGACGAGGCAUCAGCUGAUCUCAUCGUAUGGGCCCGUACCCGCAUCACCCAUCCCCCUCAGAACCAGAGUGUCAUCAAGGGCACCAAGGCUGUCAUGACCUGUGGAGUCACACACGACACCAGCGUCACCGUCAAGUUUGUGUGGGAGAAGGACGGCUUGGUCCUCAUUCCCCAGUCCAUCCCUCGCAUGCGGCUGGAUGCUGACGGCACUCUGCACAUCUCCCAGACCUGGUCAGGUGACAUCGGCACCUACAGCUGUGUAGUCACAUCAGUCGGGGGCAACGACUCACAAAGCGCACACCUGAGAGUCAGGCAGCUGCCCCAUGCCCCAGACAACCUGUCUGCAGUGCUGAGUACGGCAGAGAAGCGAGCCAUCAACCUGACCUGGGCCAAGCCCUUCGACGGCAACAGCCCCCUCUUACGAUACACCCUGGAGGUGUCUGAGAACAACGCCCCGUGGACUAUCCUGUUGGCCACCAUAGAGCCGGAGUCUACAGGCGUGACGGUCAGCGGUCUCAUCCCCGCUCGCUCAUACCAGUUCAGACUCUGUGCAGUCAACGACGUGGGCAAGGGACAGUUCAGCAAGGAAACGGACCGAGUGUCUCUGCCAGAGGAGCCCCCCAGUGCCCCUCCCCAGAACGUCAUCGCUAGCGGCCGCACCAACCAGUCCAUCAUGAUCCAAUGGCAGCCCCCUCCAGAGAGCCACCAGAACGGCAUCCUGCGAGGAUACAGCGUCCGGUACCGUUUGACAGGCAUGCCGGUGGACAUCCAGUACAAGAACAUCAGCAACCCUGACGUGACCAACCUGCUGCUGGAGGAUCUGAUCAUCUGGACCAACUACGAGAUCGAGGUGGCGGCCUACAACAGGGCCGGCCUGGGGGUGUACAGCCACAAGGUUACGGAGUGGACACUGCAGGGAGUUCCCACCAUCGCUCCUGUUGAUGUGAAGGUGGAGGCUGUAAACUCGACCACCAUCCGCUUCACCUGGACCGCCCCCAACCCCCAGUUCAUCAACGGCAUCAACCAGGGAUACAAGCUGUUGGCAUGGGAACCGGGUCGCGAGGAUGAGGUGACCAUGGUGACGGUGCGUCCCAACUUCCAGGACAGCGUUCACGUGGGCUUUGUGACGGGCCUGAAGAAGUUCACGGGCUACAGGACCUCAGCACUGUGCUUCACCACGCCUGGAGACGGACCCCGCAGCCCAGCCAGGGCCGUCAGGACACACGAGGACACUCCCGGCGCGGUGGGCCACCUGAGCUUCACUGAGAUCCUGGACACCUCCCUGAAAGUCAGCUGGAGAGAACCUCACGAGAAGAACGGAAUCCUCACCGGUUACCGUAUCUCGUGGGAGGAGUUCAACCGCACCAACACGCGUGUGACCCACUACCUGCCCAACGUGACCUUGGAGUACCGGGUCACUGGCCUCACCGCCCUCACUACCUACACCAUAGAGGUCGCUGGCAUGACCUCCAGAGGUCAAGGUCAACUCUCCUCCUCCACCAUCUCCUCUGGAGUGCCUCCUGAGCUUCCAGGACCUCCGACUAAUAUGGCGAUCUCCAACAUUGGUCCCCGCUCUGUCACUCUCCAGUUCAAACCUGGAUACGACGGCAAGACAUCUAUCUCAAGAUGGCAAGUGGAGGCACAGAUCGGUGUUGUGGGUGAGAAUGAAGACUGGGUGACGGUACAUCAGCUGGCCAAUGAACCAGAUGCCAGAUCACUGGAGGUCCCUGCACUCAACCCCUACACAUACUACAGGUUCCGUAUGCGUCAGGUGAACAUAGUGGGCACCAGUCCCCCCAGUCAGCCUUCUAGAAAGAUCCAGACUCUUCAGGCUCCCCCUGACAUGUCACCCGCUAACGUCACUCUACGCACGGCCAGCGAGACCAGCCUAUGGCUACGAUGGGUGCCCCUACCAGAGUGGGAGUACAAUGGCAACCCGGAGCUGGUGGGUUACCGCGUGCAGUACUUGCGUACGGGCUCGGUGGGCAAACCCCUCAGCCACGUCAUCAGCGACCGGCUGGAGCGAGAGUUCACCAUCGAGGACCUGGAGGAGUGGACCGAGUACGAGGUGCGGGUCCAGGCCGUCAACGGCAUCGGGUCCGGGCCUUGGAGCCAGCCUGUCCGUGGCAGAACCAGAGAGUCAGUUCCGUCGUGUGGUCCCACCAAUGUGUCUGCGUUUGCCACCACCUCCAGCAGUAUCCUGGUGCGUUGGCACGAGGUGCCCGAGCCCGACAGGAACGGCCUCAUCCUGGGAUACAAGGUGGUGUAUAAAGAGAAGGACAGUGACAGUGCCCUGUCGUUCUGGACGGUGGAGGGCAACACCAGCCACAGUGUGCAGCUGACAUCGCUGGGGAAAUACGUGCUGUAUGAGAUUCAGGUGUUGGCCUUCACGCGCAUCGGAGACGGGAUGCCCAGCUCUCCACCUAUACUGGAGCGCACACUGGACGAUGUGCCCGGCCCCCCAGUGGGCAUCCUGUUCCCAGAGGUGAGGACCACGUCAGUACGACUUAUCUGGCAAUCACCACUACAGCCCAAUGGCAUCAUACUGGCCUAUCAGAUCACCUACCGCCUGAACUCCUCCAAUAGCAACGCGGCCACGGUGGACGUGUUGAACCCGAGCUCGCGCCAGUACACCGCCACGGGGCUGCGGCCCGAGUCCGUCUACGUGUUCCGCAUCACGGCCCAGACCAGGAAGGGGUGGGGGGAGGCUGCCGAGGCUCUGGUUGUCACCACCGAGAAGAGAGCUCGUCCUCAGCCCACCAGCCGUCCCAUAGUGCCUCAGGAGCAGGUGCAGGCUCGCAGUGUUCUGUUGUCGUGGGAACCGGGUAGCGACGGCCUGUCACCUGUGCGCUACUACACGGUGCAGGUGAGAGAGCUGCCCGACAGCAACUGGACCGUCCACUCCGCCUCCGUCAACCACGAGUCCAGCAGCUACGUCGUGGACAGGCUGAAGCCCUUCACCUCCUACCAGUUCCGUGUGAAGGCCACUAAUGACAUCGGGGACAGUGAGUACAGCCAGGAGAGUGAGGCCAUCACCACCCUACAGGACGCUCCUGACGAGGCUCCAGUCAUCCUGUCUUUGACUCCCCACACCACCACAUCAGUACUGGUGCGAUGGCAGUCCCCUGCGGAGGAGAAUAUCAAUGGCAUCCUCCUGGGUUAUCGUAUCCGCUAUCGAGAGCUGAUGUACGACCGCCUCCGAAGCAUCGCCCUCAGCAACCCCAACAGCCUCUCCCCCACCUGGGCAGACCUCACCUCUCCAUACAGCAUACGCAACCUGAGUGAACCCUCUACCACACAGUAUGAACUGGACAACCUGAGCAAGCACAAGCGCUAUGAGAUCCGUAUGAGUGUGUUCAAUGCUGUGGGAGAGGGACCCACCAGCUCCCCUCAGGAGGUCUUCGUGGGAGAAGCAGUUCCAACUGCUCCACCCCAGAAUGUUGCCAUCCAAUCAGCAACAGCCACUCAGCUGGAUGUGACAUGGGAUCCUCCUCCUCUGGACAACCAGAAUGGAGACAUACAAGGCUACAAGAUCUACUUCUGGGAGUACAAGCGUCAGAACGAGACGGAGAAGCUUCGAACCCUCUUCCUGCCGGAGGGAGGAGUGAAGCUGAAGAACCUGACUGGCUACACCACCUACAUGAUCAGCACGGCGGCCUUCAACGCAGCAGGAGACGGACCUCGCAGUGUUCCCACCAGGGGCCGAACUCAACAGGCUGCUCCCAGUGCUCCCAGCUUCAUCCACUUCAGUGAGCUGACCACCACCUCAGUGAACGUGUCCUGGGGGGAGCCAGUGUUCCCCAAUGGCAUCCUGGAGGGAUACAAGCUCAUCUACGAACCCUGCACACCUGUGGAUGUGGCCUGUGCCGACUGUCUUCACUCCCCCUCCUCCUCUUCAGGCGUCAGUAAGACGGUCACGGUGGACGUCAAGGUUGGAGCCCCCUACUGGCUGAAGAUCAAAGACCUGGCCGAAGGAGUCACCUACAACUUCCGCAUCCGAGCCAGGACCUACAUGUACGGGCCCGAGGUGGAGGCUAACAUUACAACGGGACCUGGGGAAGGUGCCCCUGGUCCACCCGGAGAGCCCUUCAUCUCCCGCUAUGGCUCAGGUCUCACCAUCCACUGGUCCAAUGGAGAUCCCGGACGAGCCCCCAUAACGCGAUAUGUCAUGGAGGCCAGACCCUCAGAUGAGGGCUUGUGGGACAUCCUUGUCAAGGACAUUCCAAAGGAAGUGACAUCAUACACCUUAGACCUGGACCUCCUGAAGCAGGGCGUUAGCUACGACUUCCGUGUCAUAGGGGUCAACGACUAUGGCUACGGAACCCCCAGUGUCCCAUCCCCCUCUAUAUCAGCCCAAAAGGUGGCGCCGUUCUAUGAGGAGUGGUGGUUCCUGGUGGUGGUGGCUCUGGUGGGCCUGAUCUUCAUCCUGCUGCUGGUCUUCAUCCUCAUCAUCAGGGGGCAGAGCAAGAAGUACGCCAAGAAGGCAGACUCAGGCAACAACUGUCACACCCUGAUGCACGGCGAGAUGGUGCGAUUGGAUGACAGCAGAUUUCCUGCCCUCGAGCUCAACAACAGAAGCCUGGCCGUCAAGAACUCCUUCUGCCGCAAGAACGGCAUCCACACCAGGUCUCCGCCGCGACCCAGUCCUGGUAGUCUGCACUACUCAGACGAGGACGUGAGCACCACCAAGUAUAACGACCUCGUACCAGCCGAGAGCAGCAGCCUCACAGAGAAGCCCUCAGAGAUAUCAGACUCACAGGAGGCGCUUGUGUUCCCGUGUAAGACGGGGGGCCUCCGCGUUCUGCCGCUAACCCUGGGUAGCGACAGCGACUACGAAAUGGAUUCAAGCCAACAGAAGACCCACUCCUUUGUCAACCACUACAUCAGCGACCCAACCUACUACAACUCCUGGCGCCGUCAGCAGAAGGGCAUCUCCCGUCCCCCGGCCUACAACUACUCCACGACCCCCAGAGCUGGCAGCGAUCCUGACAGGACCUCCAAUACCAGCAACCCUGCAGCAGAGCCUUGCGUUAAGGCUCAGCCUCCACCCUUGCCACCUCUGCCUCCCAUGCCCCCCAAGAUAAACUCCCCCCAAGGGCAGACACAGUCACCCAGCCAGCACCAACAACAAGGGCAGGGGCAAGUGAUGGGGUCUGUGGGGUCUGUGGGGUCAAUGGGACAAGGUCUAGAUCAGGAGAAAGGUCAAGGUACCCUUUUCAGGCCUAAGGGUAGCCGGACUCCCACCCCCUGCCAACAGAGCUCCAACCCCCCCAGUCAGCACGGUACCCUCUAUCGGCCCCCCAGUAGUUUGGGCACUGGGUCUCGGGCCCCUGCUGGGUUCGCUGGGUUCUCCUCCUUUGUCUGAACCUCCACAAUGUUUUUUUCUUUCUUUCGUCUGUGAUGAAGUCCGUCAACCUAAUGAGCAAAUGAAUGAACCAGAGCGAGUGAGUUUGGUCAGCCUGCCAGGAAUGACUGUUUCAUUCUAUUACAUCUUUUGGUGUGGAAAAUGGUGAUGUCAAAACAUAUGAUGGCAGGAACUAUGACAGCAGGAAGUGAACAAUGACUUUGGACUGAGAACAUUUCAGAUCUGAGUGAGUAAUAUCCUCCUGUACCUCCAGUACACAGUCACCACGCAGACCACAGUCUUGUAUCUGAUGUCCUUGAUCUUCAUGUCCAAGAUAGUGUGAACCACAGCCAGGAAGCAGUCCACACAAAUACAGGUCAUGAACAGAGGUCGCUUGUGGAUUUGCUUUUUGCACAAUCCCUGGUGCUGAACAAAAAAGUAAAAAAAAAAAAAGGUUCGCGCACUCCUAUGGAUUUUUUCUUCUUUAAGUUAUUUUUUUCUUUUCCUUGGAAUCUGAGGAAGAUCACAAGGUCGACACGUCAUCAUGCCAGUGAAUGAAUAAAAAGAAAAAAAUAAUGUGUGCAAACCUUUUUUUUCCAAAGGUCGCCCACAGAAGCUGAGGCUGAACAAAAUGCUGCAUGUCUCUGCAAAAGUGGUCUUACAUACGAUGUAAUUGAGCACAAAUGGAAGGAUGAUUUAAGACUAGGUCCAUGACUAUCAGGGUGAGCAUGUAGACAUUAUUGAUGGAGGGGCUAUGGUUACAACAACCAUGGGGGGACAUGGUUACGCAACACACUGGCAGGCAAACCCACAUACGCACAGGGGAUUAUCAAGGCACCUCAAAUUGUAAGCCCUACUAAGAUGCUGGUUGCCGUUGCAGAAGAUAUCUGUAUUUGGAACACAUUUGUGGGUUAAACUUGUUGUCUGUAGUGUCCACGGUUUUGGUUGCAGCCUGGUUCUGAUUCAGCUGAUUGCUAAUGAUCACGCAAGGCAGAUUUGAUCAGCUUCUCAGUGACAUCACCUGUGUUGUAUAGGAUGGAAAAAUGUGGCAAAAAAUGUGAUUAUAAUGAUGAUGAUUGUCACUGACCAAAGAGUAAAUAAUAAUUUAAUACUAUAUUAAAAGUUUAAUAACAAAGAGUAAAUGUAUAGUAAUGUCUAAAUUCCACAGCAGAAUUACAACAAAAUUGAAUUUCAGUUCAGUUCA